AUGACUGAUGACACCGUACUGGUCGCGCCCAUGUCGGGCCUGUUGAUGCCUCAUGAAGGCUACGUAGCUGCUGCUAUUACACUCUUCUUCAUCGGAUUUUUUGGUUUCUUCACGAACUUGAUUGUCAUCAUACUCAUGUGUCGUGAAAAGCAGUUAUGGACUCCUUUGAACGUUAUCUUGUUCAACCUGGUGUUGUCAGACUUCUCAGUAUCCAUCCUCGGCAACCCCUGGACACUGGCAUCGGCAGUGGCUCGUCGCUGGCUCUUCGGCCGGCUCAUGUGUAUUAUGUAUGGCUUCUUUAUGUCCCUUCUAGGUAUCAGUUCCAUAACAACGCUGAUGGUCCUGUCGUUCGAACGGUACCUGAUUAUCAGCCGACCAUUUCACUCGCGUCACCUGACCCACAAAGGCGCAAUAUGCCUGAUCCUGGCCAUCUGGACCUACUCCCUGGUCCUCACUGCGCCACCGCUCUUCGGCUGGGGCGCCUAUGUCAACGAGGCAGCUAAUAUCAGUUGCUCAGUAAACUGGGAGACACGGUCGUACAAUGCUACUACUUAUAUCCUGUUCCUGUUCGCCAUGGGUCUUGUGGUGCCAGUCGUCGUCAUCUGCUUCUCCUACAUUAACAUUAUCCGCACCAUGAAGAAAAACAUGCUGGCCAUGGGGCGAGUGACCAAGGCAGAGUCCCGGGUGGCUAUCAUGGUGUUUGUCAUGAUUGUCGCCUUCUUCAUAGCCUGGACUCCCUACGCCGUCCUAGCCCUCGUUAUACAGUUCGGCAACGCUUCCAUCCACCCGGCCGUAGCAGUCGUACCCGCCCUUGUAGCCAAGAGUAGUAUCUGCUACAACCCCAUUAUAUACGUCGGCCUUAACACUCAGUUCCGGUCCGCAUGGCAGCGACUGCUGGGAGUGCACAUCUCCCAGGAGACGUCGGGCGAGGUGGGAGCCACAGUGGCGAGUCCCGCCAAUCAGAGUCUUGUGCAGCUUGAUGAUUCGGACAACAAAAGCAAGUCCAACUCGCGGCUCUCGAACUUCUUCUCGUCCAACUCCAGGAGUAAGAUUCCCAAGAACCUCUUCGUCAUGAUCAAGGGGAGAGACCAAACGACGACCACUAGGAUAGUGAGCGAGGCCGAGCAAGGACCCAAAAAGAAGAUGUUUUCCCAGAGGAUUCCGUCGGAGAGGAAGAAGAAAAGACCAAAACGUGAUAUGAGGAAGGAGUUGAGUGCGGACUGCUGCAAGAUAGAGAUCCAGCAGCUACCUGACCGAAAGGGAGUGAAAAGUGAACCUUCAUCGCCUGCCGAGCAUGUACUAUAAAUGGAGACAAUUUUUUUGAACUUAGAUUUUUAAAGUUGUUGUCAAUAUCGCAAGGUAUUGUAUUUGCUCGCGCUGAAGCUUCAAAUAUUUAUACUUAAGGCAUGUCAUAGCGGAUCAUUCCUUUGUGUAUCAGAUCACCCAAAAUAAGAGGUAAUAAAAAAUUAUUGAUAGAGAAAAAUUAAAUAUUUUGUAAAGAUAUAACAAAUAGUAAAUAAAAAAAUUAGCUAUUAAUUUUGGUAUAUAAUAAAGAAAAUAAGAAGCAGUCUCCAAUGUUAGUCCUGACGUAAUACUGGCACUGUAUUUUAACGUCAAUUAAUUUUCGGAAAUACCCUUGCAAUAUAUUUGCGUUUCGUAUGGUCCUAUGUAUUAGAUCUUGCCCUGUUUACAAUAUAGGGGUACAAUAAAGAAGUGUAGUUAGAACGAAAAAAGACUAGUGCCACGCGGUAUCGAUGAAAAAAUAUGUUCAGUAUAAUUUCCAGGCUUUCGAAGGUGGGUGAAAACCUGUUAUAUAUUCAUAACAUGAGUGUUUACUGUGCUCGGCUGUUUUUUCUUUAAAAAGAAUAAUAAUUUUGGAGGUGUUAAAAAAGCUGCUUUCCUGAUUUUUACAUGAGAUUUGUUGUCUUUUUCGGUGUUUUAAAAUGUUUAUAAACUAAGAAGGGCAGCAUGAAUUUUGAGAUAAAUGUAUAAAUGUUUAGAGGUUUGUUAAAGUCAAUAUCAUGUUCCACCACAUAUUCAACCUCACUAGCAAAUUAUGUAGUUCUAUAGUAUAUUAUAGUGCGCCAAGAUUUAAGGAAUGAUCCCGCUGAAAAUUCGGCCGUUUUUCGCGUAGUCAAUUUAAAUAUAUUUUUUACAAGACUGUGCAUUGAUGUAGGUUAGUGUUAAAGGUAAAUAUAACGAAUUUACUACGUUUAUAGUAUUAUUACUAUUACAACAUGUGAUAUUAACAUAGGAAUCUGUGAUGGUAUGGAAAACGAUUUUAAAUUAUUUCAAAACUUUUAUGUUGAUCUAUUUAUUGUGUUGCUCCACAACUAGUUUCACACAUUUAACGCACUUCAGUAGAAUUUAAUUGAAAUAUAAUAUCCAAUUUCGUAGAUAAAGUUUUGCAGCCCAUGCGUAAUUCUAAUUUUUCAAAAUUUUGUUUUAAAUAAAUUAUUACAUUUGUAAGGGCACCUAUAUGUCACUAAGUUUCGCUAUGAAAAAAAAAUAAAGUUUUAAGCCAUUACAAACGAUAUUAAUGUUUUCUAUGAUAGCAGAGUUUUCCAGAAAACAUUUUUAUGUACUCAGAACACAAGUAUUAACACAUUUUGAGUUUCAAGAUAUCCCUUAUUCACUUUGGAAAAUUCAUUUACGAUUGCUCCUGGUUGGAAUAUGUAAUUAGUAUCUACCAGUUACUUCUCUAUGUAUCAUCUCUACUUCUUAAUGUUGCUGGUUUUCUAAAUUUUCACUCAUAGAAUUUCAGAUUAUAGGGUUUGCUUUGUAAAUCUAUAGAUGUAUGAUGUAUAAAAAAGAAACAGUUUCGAUGAAUAUUAAUAAUAAAUAACAACGAAACAUUUUUUACAAACACUUUAUAUAAAACACUAUGCGAUGUUUAAAACAUGUGUAAAGAAAACACCAAUCUUCACUUCUUAAAACAUCUUUUCAGAUUCUUUUUGAAAACAUAUUAAUUAAUAAUAAUAAAACGCAAUCAUGAUUUAAAAUAAACGAUUGUCAAUCAUGAACUGUAAAUAAAAAGUUAAUAACGGUUUAACGAACAUGUACAGGAACACUUAUUCAUUUAUAUAGUAUCAAUGUUCCUUUUUGUUACAUAGGGAAACAAUAUAUUAUCAUAUUCCCUUGCAUUCUACAAAAUUAGUUACAAGUGAUCAAAUUUCUACAAAGAUGUAGGAAAAAUGCAUAACCUAAUUAUUCUAUCAUAAUAUAAAAGUGAUUUUUAAACUCCUUCCCAAAAAGGGCAUAUUUUUAUUUAGCUAGUUCUAUAACCCCAGUUUUUACAGGUAUUGCAUUCUGUUUCGUUUUAUACCAAAAAAUUUCAUAUUAUUAUACUUAUUA